CCAUAAUUCAAAGGGGCUCCAACUGCGCAUGCGCGCGUGUCAGAUGGGACGUAAACAAGCUACAGGAAGUGCAGCUGUUACAUUGAUCAUAGCAGGUGACAUGGAGAGGUGACGCGUCAUCAGAGCCAACAGCCAAUCCCAGGGCAUCGUGCUGUGAGGAGCCAAUAGCAGGGCGGUGCAGAGAUGACAGAGUGCUUCUUGCCACCCAAUAGCAGCCCUGCGGAGCAGAGGAGGGCGGAGCAUCCCGGGGGCGUGGCUCGUACCCCGAGCUCUGAAGAAAUCAGCCCCACUAAGUUCCCAGGCCUGUACCGUACGGGCGACCCCUCACCCCCUCACGACGGACACCACCAUGAGCCGCCCGACGUGGCGUCCGAUGACGAAAAGGAGCACAACAAGAAGAAAAACAAGUUUAAGAAGAAGGAGAAACGCACCGAGGGAUACGCCGCGUUCCAGGAGGACAGUUCUGCCGAUGAGGCUGAGAGCCCGUCUAAGAUGAAGCGCUCUAAGGGCAUCCACGUCUUCAAGAAGCCCAGUUUCUCCAAGAAGAAAGAAAAGGACUUCAAAGUGAAGGAGAAGGGGCCUAAAGAGGAGAAGGCUAAGGACAAGAAGUCCAAAGACCUGACGGCAGCGGACGUCGUGAAACAGUGGAAGGAGAAGAAAAAGAAGAAAAAGCCCAGCGCUGAGCCCGAACCUGUCGUCACGGAGACAGCGACGACGUUCCGGCCGAUAUUCGGAGCGCCUUUAGCGGAAGCGGUGAGGAGAACGGCGCUGUAUGACGGGAUACAGCUCCCAGCCAUCUUCAGAGAGUGUGUGGACUACAUCGAGAGCUACGGCAUGAAAUGUGAAGGCAUCUAUCGGGUCUCCGGUAUGAAGUCAAAGGUUGACGAGCUGAAAGCAGCGUACGACCGUGAGGAGUGUCCGUGUCUGGAGGAGUAUGAUCCUCACACGGUGGCCAGCCUGUUGAAGCAGUACCUGCGAGAGCUGCCUGAUAACCUGUUGGGAAAAGAGCUGGCCCUGCGUUUCGAGGAGGCCUGCGGGCGGCCCAGCGAGGCGGAGAAACUGCAGGAGUUUCAGAGGCUCCUGGGGGAGGUUCCUGCGGGGAGCAGACUCCUGCUGGCCUGGCUCAUCACUCACAUGGACCACGUCAUCGCCCGCGAGACAGACACCAAGAUGAACAUCCAGAACAUCUCUAUUGUGCUCAAUCCCACCGUACAGAUCGGGAAUCGUGUGCUGUAUGUGUUUUUCACUCACGUCCGUGAGCUGUUUGGUGAUGUGGUUUUGAAGCCGGUCGUCCAUCCUCUGCGUUGGUCCAACAUGGCCACCAUGCCGACGCUACCUGAGACCCAGGAGAGCAUUAAAGAGGAGAUCCGCAGACAGGAGUUCCUCUUGAACCGUCUGCACAGAGAUCUGCAGGCCGGUGUGAAGGAUCUGUCCAAGGAGGAGAGACUCUGGGAGGUGCAGCGGAUCGUCACCGCACUGAAACGCAAGCUCCGCGAGGCCAAGAGACAGGAGUGUGAGACUAAGAUCGCGCAGGAAAUCGCCAGCCUAUCUAAAGAGGAUGUAUCAAAGGAGGAGAUGUCUGAGAACGAGGAGGAAGUCAUUAAUCUUCUUCUGGCACAGGAGAACGAGAUCCUAACAGAGCAGGAGGAGCUGAUAUCACUGGAGCAGGUGCUGCGCCGGCAGAUCGCCACAGAGAAAGAAGAAAUUGAGCGACUGCGUGCGGAGAUCGCAGAUAUACAGAGCCGUCAGCAGGGCCGCAGUGAAACAGAGGAGUAUUCAUCAGACAGCGAGAGCGAGAGUGAAGAUGAAGAGGAACUGCAGAUGAUUCUAGAAGACCUGCAGAAACAGAAUGAAGAGCUAGAGAAUAAAAACACUCAUCUGAAUCAGGCCAUCCAUGAGGAACAGGAGGCCAUAUUGGAACUGCGUGUUCAGCUCCGCCUCCUUCAGACUCACAAGCUACAGCAGGAGCUCACAUCCCCGCCCACCUCCGAACAGGCCCUGCCCGCCCAGCCCAGCCCGGAGGAACGGUCUAGAGCAGAUGAGCCAAUCAAACGUGCCGCAGCGGUCGCCAUGGAACCCGCAGCCGCUGCCGCUGCCGCCGCCGCCACCCCAGCCAAUGGGAAGCCUGGAAAAGAUGCCAUGAAGCCAUCGCCCAGCAAAGACAAGAGGGAGGCCAACCUGUAAACCAUCUUACCAUCGCUACACCUGCGCUUGUGUUUGCUCAUCACGUAACUGUGACAUCUUGGGUCAAGGGUCAGCAAGGUGAAGUGAGAUGUUCAUUACACUGGGAGAAAACUGGACAGCAGAGGACGGAGGCGAGAUGUGAUUUGUAGGUCAAUAGGUCUAAAGAGAGGCGAGUACGGGAAACAUUUCUGAUUGGUCAUCAUCACAAUGGAGUGAAAUUGCAUUCUUUUGACACGUUUAAGUUUGUAUGUGAAAUUACAGCAGCACAAUCAGAUCUUUGAGUGCUCAGAUUGGAUCUGCCCUUUGACCCCUGUCUAAAACGACAGGCUAAUUCUCUUUUUUCUAAAUAGUUAAGAGUAUUAGGGGUUUGUGUUUAAAAAAUCCCAAGUUUGUUAAAAAAAAUAAGUGAAUCUCAUCUGUCCAGGUCAAUUUUUAUUCCAAAAUCAAAAGAACAAAAUAGAUAUAUUAUAUUAUAUUUUGCAUUAAGAAAAUUAAGCCUCCUUUUAAGGCUAUUUUUUUUUUUUUUUUUGCAUUCUUACAUUAUUUACAUUACUAUUAAGCACUUUUCUACAUAAUUGCCAUUACCUUAAUUCAAAUAAAAUGUCAUUCUCAUGACGGAAAUGUAAUACGGAAAAAUAAUGAUAUAUAAUUUACAUUAUAAACUAUAUAUCAUGGUAUUAUUUGUUGUACUGCUUUUAUGCGGAUUUAAAUUUAAAACAUUAUAGUAUUUUAUGUGCAAAUUGUCCUUAAUAGUCAUUAAAUUAAUGUCACAAUGCAAAAAAAAGUUUCAUUUUCUUUAUGCAAACAUAUUUUUCUUUUCGAUUUUGGGUUAAAAUAUAUGAAAGCCUAUUUCCAUGGAAUAAAAAUAGUGUAAUUGCAUCUCCCAAUUUGGAUUGUUUUUUUGUUUGUUUGUUUCGCAAUUUUGACAAAAAAGGUCAGAAUUGUGAGAGAUAAAUUCAGAAUUCUGACUUUUUUUCCUCACAAUUCUGAGUUUACAUCUGACAAUUCUUCAUUUGCAAUUUACUUUUUUUCUCAGGAUUUUGAGUUUACAUUUCACAAUUCAGUUUUUUUCCACCACAGAAAAAAAAGAGGUAGUUGCAACUUAUCUCAAAAUUCAGGCAUUGUUUCCUGCAGUUGCUAGUUGAUCUCAUAAUUCUGAGGGAAAAAAUUGAAUUUUGAUAGAUGAACUCAAAAAAAAGUUGCAAUUAACUAUUUAUUUAUUCCAUGGUGUGGACGGGCUUUUAUAUAAUUGUGACAUGUUUUCUUAAGAUUCACCUAAAUACUUCAAGCAUUUCAAGAAAUACCAUGCGCUAAUAGGAUGACCCAAUACUUACUUGCAUCCUGUGUGAAAGCUCCAAACCACAGGCGACGAACAUCCAUAUCUUCUGUGUUCACAUUACAUUCAGUGCAAAAACAAUCAUUUCAGACAAGCAGGUUUACUUUAUUGGUUAUUACUAAAAAUGCAUUUUAUUUAUGCAGUUCUGCUCAUAAUUAAAUCCCGAAGGAGUAAAUACAUUGAGAAAUAUCCUGGAUGUCUGUUGCCAAUGCAGAAAUAAGGGAAUGUUAAAUCAUAAUGGGCUGCCAGCUCUCCAAUCGUGGGUCCAGGUCUAGAACAGAAAUCAAACUGAGUGAAAAUGAAGUCGUGUGUUUUCUGAAACCACUGUGCCAUAGGUGACUGUGUGCAGCCGCACAGAAGAAUUACUUUGAAGAUGCUCUGGGACAUUGUCAUACAACUAGAUUGUAUUUUUACCUAUUAAGAUAUUCAAAGGAGAUUGAUUUGAACGUUUAUUAUAAAUUUCAAUAUUUAAUAAUCAAUAUAUAUAUAAACAUCUAAUCUGUAACUGCACUAAACUGUGCAGAUCUGCACUUAUAGAUUGAGAAUGAGUUGAUUGCCGUUUGUUGUGGAGUUAAUAACAUUUUUGUUAGUUUCCGUACGUUCACGUAAUGUCACGCUAUGUUUUUUUUAAAACAAAUUUCGUGAAGCACAAGAAUAUUUUUGAGCAAUGAUGAAGUUUGAGGGGUUAUUAUGGGUGGUUUUAACAAGUGUAGGUGAUCAGAAUCAAAGAAAUGAGAUAUUCCAAGAAUAAAAUGAUGCUUAUAUUUGAAAGAAAGCUUCAUUUUCUUUCUGCAGAAUAUCUUAUUGCUCUUUUGAUUUGUGGUGAAAUAUGAACAUAAGUUUUUUUGAGAGACCCACCCAACCGGUCCUGAAGUUUUGGCACAGUUGUUACAGAUGUUCUGACACACUGAUCGAUAGUCAUUUUGGAAACUUGCACUAGAUUGUCACCAAUUCUUUCCUUUUUUUUUUACUACCAAUAUUCUGUCAGUUUCAUUUUAUUUUGUGAUGAUUAUUUUUGUCUAAAGUGCUUGUUGAAUGCUAGUGUACUACUGUAUUAUUUUAUAUUAUUGUUCUCUUUCAGAUAUAACACAUUUUCUCCCUCAUUUGCUUUUGUUUUGUUUUCUCCCUUUCUUUCUUACCAUGCUGUCAAGUUGCAUUUCAGAAAUACUGUAUAGUUCUAAUCAAAGCUAUGUGUGCUAAAUGUAUUUUUAUUUUUA